AUGAAGAGUGAGGUGCCAUCGGAGGCUCCAAGCAGGCAGGAGCAGCUGAAGGAGCCCUUGGUGAACCAAGUUCCGAUCGAGCCUGCAAAAGACUUCCCCAAUAACUUGGAAAUGAUUGGCAAGGCAGCCAAUGAUUAUGCAACUCUUUGUUCUGAAUCCAGACAUAGACCCUUGAGAGAAAGUGGUGCCCAUAGAGACUCGGAGCGCAGCCUUCCUGGUCGUAGGAAAAGAAAAGGACAGCAAGCUGGACCCUCAGACUGUUCACUUAAGGAAGCUAAUAUUAGUGAGAACUCACUGGCUCCACAGCGGCCCAGGGUCGAACUUUUACCACAACCCAGUGAAGAUGACCACAAUCACGAGUCAUCCUUUAGUGACUGUGUUUCCUCCCCCUCCUCCAGCCUCAGGUUUGGAGACUCGGACACACUCAGCUCUGAAGAAGAUGCCGAAUCUGGGGCGACAGGAAGCCACCAAAAGCCUUUGGCCUCUGGGGGCGCAGCCGAAGUUAGUCUGCGCCCAAUACUUGGUCGGACUCGUGCUAGUCGCUCACACAAAUGGAUGCGUCCAGAGGCAGAACCAGUGCUGUUGAAACGGCAGUGUCUUAGCAGUCGGCGUCCUGUACAUAGAAAACGUUAUGUUAAAACAAUUCCUGGAGGGGCCCCACGGACUCAAAAGCAGAAGGAGCGAUUGCUACUACAGAGAAAAAAACGUGAAGUGAUUGCACGCAGGAAGUACGCUCUCCUCCACAGUAGUAGCAGCUCCAGCGAAGAGCUCAGUAGUGACUCCUCUUCUCCUUCCACAACCGAAGCAGAGGAGGAACUCUACGUAGAUGUGAGCAGCACCAGCAGCCAGCCCAACAGUUCUGCUGUAGCCCCAGGUGUUCUUGAUGAAGAUGUGGUGGUGAUUGAGGCCACUCCAGCCACUGCUCCAGUCGUCCCUGCCAGCGAGGAAAUCAACGUUACAUCUACAGACAGCGAGGUGGAGAUUGUUACAGUUGGAGAUGGCUUCAGGUCACGGUCACUGGGGGGUCUGGGCCGGAUCUGGAGCAGCAGUUGUGCUCAGAGCCGUCUUCAAGAAUCUCGUGGACGACAUAGACUCUCUACCGUCAUACAACCACUGCGCCAGAGUCCUGGAGAGGUGGUCGAUCUAACUGUGGAUGAAGAUGACCUGUCUGUUGUGCCAACAACCUCUGGUAAUGCUCAGCGGUCAUCCUCCUCUUCAUCAUCACAUCUGGCCUCUACCUCAGAGCUCAACGAUGUGCCAGGUCCUUCCACCAGCUGCUCAGGAUCAGUGCUGGACACACAGAGGUCCAAUGGCUCCACGCAUAUGGCAGCAGAGGAUGAAAGUGGACCAGGUUUGUCAGGAUCAGCAGGGGAAAGUGGAACCACAGCCCUGCCCAGACUGCCCUCCUGCUCGCCACAGCACCCCGCCAACCGGCCAUUCCAAGAGCCCAGCUGCCCCAUCGAGAGACCCAGUGCGCUGCCUGCCCAGUGCAGCAGUAACAAUAGUGCUAAUGGCUGCAACACAUCUCAUUACCACGACCAGCAAACACUUCCAGUUGAUCUGAGCAACAGCAGUGUUCGAAACAACGGUGGUAGUUUCCACGGCAGUACUUCAGCCUUUGACCCGUGUUGCCCAGGCUCUUCUUCGCGGCCCCCUGUGUUUGUUUCCCAGGCGACUGCUGGGCCCAGUCAGCCCGCUGUGGUAGAUUCUUUCACUUCCUCAAUGGUUGCUCAAAGCGGACCCCAAACCCAGCCGCAGCAGCCCUGCAGACAUUACAUGCACACGUCUUAUGGCCCCUUAGCCCGUUCAUUGCAUCAUCAGCCCUCCUCCACCUGCCCUCAUUCCCAUGGUAACCCACAGCUGACACAGGCUCCCCCUCAAAGAGACUACGUCAUCCCCCACACAGUGCACACCUUUCAUGCCCCAUUGCCAUCCCACCCCUCGAGCCACCCUGUGCCCCCUGCUCCUCCUAAUCCCCUUCCUGGUCACCAUCUCCCUAGUUCAAGUGCCCCCUUGACUCAGCACUUGCCGUCAGAACAUCAGCCCCUGACCCAUCACAUGCCUCCUCUUGGAGCGUCUGUACAGAGGCUGCAUGCACACGAAGUGCUACUUGAUCUCCAGCGACGCCGGAUGAUGCAGCACCCCACGAGAGCACAUGAGCGGCCACCGCCACAUCCACACAGAAUGCACCCGAACUAUGGCCAUGGACAUCACAUCCAUGUCCCACAGACUAUGUCUUCCCAUCCUCGCCAGCCUGAGCAGAGAACAGCCUGGGAGCUCGGCAUUGAGGCUGGCGUGACUAUGGCACCGUAUCCUUCAGGGCACCUGCACUCCCACCUGCCCCACUACCACCAUCCCCCUAGACUUCACCAUUUUCCUAUCCCCUUCAUGCACACUGGUAUAUCGGAAGUGACCUACCCACAUAUUCGUUACAUCUCAUCUAGAAUGACUGGCUUUGGAAGAACGUAUGAGGACCUGCUGCAUUUAGAAGAAAGACUGGGGACUGUGAACAGAGGCGCCUCUCAGGGCACCAUAGAAAGGUGCACAUACCCACACAAGUACAAAAAGAAGGUGUUGGAGAGAGACAUUGAUCAACAGUUAACCUCUGAAGCUUGGGCAUCUAUUGGGAAUAAAAAGCACGCAACCCCAGAAUCGAGAAAGCUGCAUGAUAAACAAGAGGAGGACAUGGCUGCAGAUGAAGACACGGACGAAAAGUGCACCAUCUGCCUGUCAAUACUGGAGGAGGGGGAGGACGUCAGGCGGCUGCCCUGUAUGCACCUCUUCCAUCAGCUGUGUGUGGACCAGUGGCUCCUCACCAAUAAGAAGUGCCCAAUCUGCAGAGUGGACAUUGAGGCACAGUUGUCUGCUGAAAGUUGA